AUGAGCAGCGCCGUUCAAGACAUCUCGAGCUCAUCCGGGUUGUAUCCCGGAAAGCUGUGGCUCGAGACGCCCCUCAUCCGCUCGACGCACAUCUCAGCGUUGCUGCAGAGCAACGUUUACCUCAAGCUAGAUCCUGCUCAAUCCUUCAAGUAUCGCGGCAUCUCCCACUUCGCCCAACACGCCCUCCGCACGUACGGUCCCGAGACGCACCUCAUCAUCGCAUCGGGCGGCAACGCCGGCCUCGCCGCUGCGUGCGCCGCGAAGGUCCUGAAGCUCCGAUGCACGGUCUUCCUGCCGCACGGGGUCAACCAGUCGACGAUCGACUUCAUGACCAAGGAGGGCGCGGAGGUUGUCAUCCACGGCAAUUACUACCUGCAGGCCCUCCAGGGCGCGAAAGAAGCGGUGGCUGCUGAAGCCAAAGCCGUGAUGAUUCCCGCCUACGACGACCCCAUCCUAUGGGAGGGGCAUGCUAGCAUGGUCCACGAGAUCAAGCAGCAGCUCCCCGAAGAUGUCAAGCCCGACGCCAUCUUUUGCAGCGUAGGCGGAGCUGGCCUCAUAGGCGGCAUCAUGGACGGCUGCAAAGCUGUCGGUUGGGACGACGUGCCGCUGGUCGCUGUCGAGACCCACGGCUCAAACUGUUUCUAUCAAUCGCUGUCUCUGAACGAUGGCCCGUUUGUAGGGGACGUCUCCUCCAGGCCCGUACCUAAAGGCACUACAAUAGAGUUGAUUGCGGAACACGACGUGGCCAUAGCUCACCUAGCCUCUCUGGCGUCGAAGGCGACGUCUCUCGGUGCGUCCUCGCCCGCGGCGGGGAUUGUCAAAAAGGCGCUAGAAAGGAAAGGCGGGGUGAAGAGCAUCUGCAUCACGGAUGAGAUGGCGAUGCAAGCCACGCUCAACUUCGCAGGCAGGUCUUUCGAAGAGUUUAUGGGUAGCGAGAUCGCUGAACAUGCCACAGAGGACCACAAGACGUUGGUCGAACUCGCAUGCGGGGCCGCCAUUGCCCCUGCAUACAAGCCGAGUGUCUUCCACCGUUUGGUGCCGCGGUCCACGCCGGACAAGCCGAUAACCGUCGUCCUCAUAGUCUGCGGCGGGUUCAAGAUCUCGCUGGAUGACGUCGAGGAGUAUAGACGGAUCGUGAAGGCGGAUGUUGCGGCAGGCGGGACGUGGGACGUCGCAAUCAACGGAGAGACGUUCCCGACUUCCAAGGCAGAGUGA